UGUAGUGAACUCAGCGGGUGAGACGGCUCUAGACAUUGCCAAGAGACUGCAGCACAUGCUGUGUGUCGAACUGCUGGAAUUGGCCCACAGUGGGAAGUUCAACUCUCAGAUCCAUGUUGAAUACACAUGGGAGACGCCACAGGACAUGUAUGACAGUGAAGAUGAUCUGGACGAAAGGGUAAGUCCCCAUCCUAAGGGCUCACGGUCUCCGCUGCCCCUUACUGGCAGCAAUAGGCACUGCUCGGCUGCAUGGAAUUUAAAUAAAGGCAGUCCGGCCAGGACCUAUGAGAACAUUGACUUCCUAUAUCGAAAUCCACCCAACAACAGCGCCCCCACUAAUGGCUCCAUGCCUCCUCCCCUGCCAGCUAAAGCAAUACAAAGAGGCCGUUCAGAUCCUCAGAUCUCGGGUUCCAUUCCAGAGACUCACGCCCCCUACCGCCAGAGUUCCCACCCCACCAGCUGCUUUCAGAGAAUCAGCACUUCAUCCCCUGGACCAACACCUUCACGCUCUCAUAGCACUGGAGGGUCAAAGGGACAUAGACAGACGGUGUACUGGGAGGGACAAUCUUUCUCAGGGGCCGAGGGCAAAAAUCACUCCACCUCACCACAGAGUCAGAGAGGACCUGUCAGUUCAGAGAAGACGACCUCAUAUCGCCGCACGAGCAGCGGCAGUCAAGGAAAGAGUUCGGCCCCGUCUCCAGGGUGUGCAGGCAGUCAGGAGGAACUCUACUGCAGUCGAGUGGGCGGGGCUCCCAGUCCUGCACCUCCGCCAGCGAAUGCUAACAACAGUGCCACAGUGCCAAUCAUACUGCCGCCACCUCGCUCACGCAAAAAUGCCAUGAUCUCAUUAAGGGAGAGACCCAAAAAGGUCAGAGCGUUAGUUGACUGCAGAGCAGUUGGUGCCAAUCAGCUGGCUUUCUUUAAGAACGAGGUCAUCAUAGUGACAGCAACUGAUGACCCACACUGGUGGGUGGGCCAUAUAGAGGGAGAACCGUCUAGAAGUGGCUCUUUUCCAGUCAACUAUGUCCAUAAAUUAGGAGAAUGAGAUGAACCUCCAUGAACACUCCCAUUACACCACAUGGAACUGAUCUAGACUGUUGCUUUUAUCUUCAGAGCCGCUAGACCUAGAAGCUGUGGAGGCCUGAAAUGCACUUAGAAGAUGAAAGACUGGAGACCAGACUCUUCCACAGCAUUAGUGUGGAUGCUGUAAGAUGAUCCACUGAUCCAUUUCAGCGCUGCUUAUAACGUAUCUCAGCUGUUUAACUGGACUGAAGGUUUGGCAGGUACAUCAUGAAUGACUGGACUUGGAACAGGCAGAAAAUGGAUGAAAGCUGACCAGCUUUUGAAACUUCCUGACUUCGUUGUUUAAAUAAACAACAUCACUUGUUCUUAUUGAUAUUGGCGUUGAGGCAUUUGGACAAACACUUGGACUUUGAGGUCUCUAAGAGAUUGUCGCCCAGACUUUGAGGCACUGGGCUCAUUUACUGAAGCUCAUCCUGUGGUGGGUUCAGUUGCUCAGUGCUCUCUGGAUUAUUUUAAUGCCAUGCCAUUAGUUCUGGCUAGACACCAGGUCCUCCAGACAGAGAGUUAAAGGAUGAUGUAUUUGGUUUCAUCUGUCUCCUCUGCACCGACGUCUCCUAUUGCUGCUGAUUCCCGGAUAUCCAGUCCUGCACUGAGAGAACAUUCAGAAUAAAUCCUCAGAUGAAACACCAGGAUGUUAUGUGAAUGUUCAAUUACAAAAAGAUUUGAUUGCAGAAUUUCCCAGAAAAUUUACAAUUCAGUAUUUCAAGCCAUAGGAAACAUCAACUUACCCACAGUACCGACACUAUUAGGCCUUACAGAGCACAAUAAACAUGCUAAGCCACUGCCACAUAGACAGUUAUUUUCACAGUUUAAGUACCUGUUUUUUGGUAGCCUAAUAUUCCAUUUCUUUGCUUCUAAAAUUCUGUAGUAAAACAUCUCUUUUCAAGUGUUCAAAAUGUUUUAAAUCUCUGUUAGCUUUGUCUAUGAAAAAAGUUCUUUCUGCACUUGCCACCGUCACUAAGUGUCUUUUCUGUGUCUGUAUUGUUAUCAGUCAGCAUUAAGUUUUUAUUUUAAUGGGUUCUCCCUCCAAACUGAGGUGGUUUAUGGUGCAUUUGGGACGUGUCUUGAACCAGCAGACUCUGUAUAAAUGUUUUCUAAACUGAAAGCACACAACAGAGGUUUUCCUUUCUGCCAUUUCAUUGACUUCUGUGAAGAAUUUUCAGGCAGAGAUGAUUGUAGUAUGCAUGUUGGCAGCAGAGGUCAAAACGGUUCAGCUGACUUUGUGUUUUAGGAAAGCAAAAGGUAACGCUGCGUGUAAAUUAUGCUUGUGAAAAUUAACUGUUUUGUAUCACUGUAACUUCUUAUAUUAUUGAGAAAUGUCAUGUCUAGUUUGUUCAGAACAUGUUUUUUUUUUCUCCAAGAUAUUAUUUAGCAUCUAUUUCUAAGAAUGAAAAAUGACAAUUAAAUAUUUGCAAACUAUAA